UUUUUUUGUUUUCACUUACAGGCAGGGAGAUUUUUAUUGUGGAAUUGAAAAGAAAAAAGGUUGGAUACCAGCGCAUUUAUCGACAUACACGGAAACAUUAGCCAAUUUAGAUGCUUGUAAGAGUUCAUAGUCAGUGGCAUCCCUACAUAUCCUUUCAUCAAAAUGUCUGCAUGUUCUCGUGCUGAUGAAGUUGAGGACUUGAAUCGACAAAGUAUUUCUCCUGCUGGUGCCAACUUAUCCAAAAGCAGUGAGCAACUGUUGCAACGUGAGGAUGACGAGGAAAGGAAUGAACAAGGGAAUCAUAAUGUUGAUCAGAUUGCUGAUGAGUCCGAGGACGAGGAUGAGGAAGAGGAUGUAGAUUUCAAUCCUUUCCUGAGAGAAACUCAUUCUGUAGAAGCUUCUUCAAGCUUGAGUUCUGAAGUUGAAGUCUUGGAUGUGGAUGUUGCUGAUAGUGGGGAAAACACUUCUGCAGCCUCCCUUAAAAAUUCUGAGGCAAAGCAUGCGAACCCUGUGCAGAACUAUCUUAUUGGGGAUACUGAGUAUGGCGAAGAGAUUGUGAUGCAAACUGUUGUGUCUUCUGGAGAAGUAUUGGCAAAAAAUUCAGACAUAACUUUUACAGUUACUGAGAGAGAACUGGACUUUAUUUCUCAAUCUGAUAAUGGAUUUCCAUGUGAUAAGAAGAAUAAAUCAAGCAGCAUGGCAGAUGUUAGCAAUCCUGCCGAUUUUGGGAAGCUCAUUAUGGAUGUGGACACUGACGAUGCCAUCUGUAUGCGAACUAGGGCUCGCUAUUCUCUUGCCAGCUUUACACUUGAUGAACUUGAGACUUUUCUUCAAGAAACAGAUGAUGAGGAUGAACUUCAAAAUGUUGAUGAUGAAAGAGAGUAUAGGAAAUUUCUUGCAGCUGUUUUACAAGGAGUAGAUGAUGCCCAGAAUUUAAAAGGGAUUGAAAAUGUUGAUGAUGAAGAUGAAGAAAAUGAUGCUGAUUUUGACCUUGAACUUGAAGAAGCAUUGGAAAGCGACCCUGAUGAGAUUGACGAGCGAUCAAAGACUAGGCUAAAUAGACGUCAAAAGGCUUCUCUUGAUCAUGGCAAGGUUUCAGGACAGUCGAAUAGGCCAUUACGGCCCUUGUUACCAUUUUCAUCAGUUGGAUCUUUUCCUACUUAUGAUGGGAAACACCUGUUGCCCAACAUUUCUCCACCUUGUGUGCCUCCUGUAAAUAAUGGUCUAGUGAAUGGAUUUACUCCGCAUCAGAUAGGACAGUUGCAUUGUCUGAUACAUGAGCAUGUGCAGCUUCUUAUUCAGAUUUUUUCUAUUUGUGUUCUAGAGCCUGCAAAAGGCCAUAUUGCUACAGAGCUUCAAAAAUUGAUUUUAGAGAUGCUUCACAAACGUGAUGAAGUAUUGUCAUGGAGAAGGAUACCAUAUCCCAGUUUUUGCUUCUUCUUUCCAUAUAUUCAUCCAUCAUUGCCAGGUGAGAUUCCGAAGAUUUUGCCACCACAGUGCAACAAUGAAAUUUCUGAUACUUGUGAUGUUCAACAAGACCAGCUUUCUGCUAGUAACACAGCUUUGCAUUCUGAUACGAAUUCCCUGUCUAGUGAGAGACAUAAACUUCUUCCCAGUGAGCAGGAAGGUUGUUUUCAAACUCAGGAAUGCACGUCCUGGGUCCCUUAUAUUAGUGAUCUGGUGCUGUCUGUUCUAGAUGUCGCUCCACUCCGUUUAGUUGGAAACUAUAUAAACGAUGUUUCUUCUGCCAUCCGAGCAUAUGAUCGAUGUCAAAUUGGAGUUGGUUUUGAUACUCGCUUCGAAAGGGAACCUUUGUUUCCUCUCUGUACUUUUCCCAAUUCUUCUGAACCUGAUGGUCAGGGUUUGAUUCUUUCUUCGCCAGCCAGCAAAAAAAAGCCCAAGAAGACAAUGUCUGCGACACUAAUUGAGAAGGCGAAAAAUCAAUCUGUUGCCCUUGUUCCCAGGGAAAUUGCUAAAUUAGCCCAGAGAUUUUGUCUGUUGUUUAAUCCAGCCCUUUAUCCUCAUAAGCCACCUCCUGCUGCUCUUACAAGUCGUGUGCUUUUCACUGAUUCUGAGGAUGAGUGAGUUGUACUUUUCUCUGUUACUUUACACUCAUUGCACCUUGUCAACAUUUUUCGGAUUGAGCUAUUAUAGAGAAUCCAUUUUGACAAUGCAAGAUUGUGACAUUGCAGCAUUUUCUCCCUGCAUUUUCUUGAAAAUUCAUUUGAAUGAAAAUCUGAUCACAGAUGUGUAAUAAAUAGCUUAUAGACAGAAGGAAUUUUUUUAAGGCUGAUGGCGGCUACCUUUUUAUAGCUUGAGCCUUCCUUAUCAAUUUUCUCGAUGGAAACAAUUCAAUCUUUGUUGUAGAGAAAUUUCUUCUUCUUCAUUUUUUUUUUUGAAAUAUGCCAAAGGGAUGCAUAAGCCCAUUACAAAUUAAAGGGAUGACUUUGUAUUAUUAAUAUGGAAAAUUCUAUUUGUACAUAAUUAU